CUGAAGUAACCAAACACAAAAAUUACUUGGGUUCGCAGCCAUGGCUGACAAGGAACCAGAGGUCCCAGACGAGCUUGCCGAGUCGCUCAACGAUCUCUUCACCAGCCUCUCCUCGAUGGUCAAAUCUGAACUCCAGGGGACCAACAAUGUUUUGGAGCUAUUGGAGAAGAUGAAUGUGAGAGUGGCCGAAGAAUACAAAGGAUUUGGGGAUGUGGCAUCUGGGUUAAGGGUAUUUGUUGAACAGCUUAAAAACAAGAGUGGCAACUUUGAUGAAUAUGUUCAACAGAUUGAUGCAAUAGAACAGCAAGUGACUGAGUUCGAAGCUGUGAUUUCAGUUCUUGAUAGAUAUGUGUCUUUGUUGGAAUCUAAAGUACAAUCUGUUUCCCAACAUCCUCCUCCAUAACGAGAUUUUAUUUUUUGCUUUGUUUUUGAAGGAUAAAAUAAAAUGAAUUGUUGGUUGAA